UUUGUGCAAGUGUUUGCUGCUUUUCUUCACGAUGUUUGAGCACCUCCUGGAAGCCUGGACUGAAACUGCAUGUUGGGAGGCAGUCUAGCAGGUUGAUUUGGAUAUAGGUAUGAAUGGGUUUAAAGGUAUUGAUGCAGACAUGAUUUGACAGCUCUGCUUGAGAGGGGCAUUUGGCAACUCCUGUCUCUCCCGGGGUUUAGGAGUUGGCAGUGCUCCAAAGCUAUCUCUUCCCCCACCCACAGGGAAAUCUCUCAAGCUUACUAGGCAGAGACCUCUUUGGAGGGCCACAAGGAGAUGAUUGCUGCAACGUUGCUCUGUGCCGCUGUUAAAAGGCUGGAGGACUCCAACCUGUGCUCUCAAUUGUGUCAGUCCCAAACCCAAAAUGCAAAUGCUAAGUCCCUGCAUUCUUUUUGGGGACUUUGUGACAAAGUAGCCUUUCACAUACAUAUAUGUGCUUUUGUGGAAUUUGGAUUAAAAGUCAACUUUGAAACCCACCCCACUUUUUGUUCUUGUCUUACAGGGGAAACUGCUGGUGAAAUCUUUCUUGCCCCUGUUAUGUGGUUUGUUGUUGGGUAUUUUGCCUCCUAUCUUCUUGCUGUCUCCAGGCACUGAAUCACUGCUUGACUUUCCUUGUUGCUGCUCUGUGAUCCUCCUGCUUACUAUUUACAGCUCUUAGUGUUUCUCUGCCUUCAUUGUUAAUGCAGUUUCUCUGCUAGGCAGCUCACCUUCCUCCUGCAGCUUGUUGAGCCAUAGCUAAGUGUUCCUCUUAUGCCAGUCAUGGUGGUUGUAACUGAGAGGGGAUUGUGCUCUUGCUGUGAAGAAAAACUGUCUUCUCAGGCUUCUGAAUUUCUUUGAGUCUUAUUUGGCUCUGACAUAAAUUUUAAGUGGCAAAGUGUAGUAGGAUAUUAAAUUUUUGUAGUGGUCUCUGAGGUGCUCAGGCAGGGGUUAGGAGUGCUUGGAAAAUUAAUUCUGUUUUGUUAUCAGAGCUAAAGCUUGCAGGGCAGUCUGUGUUUUUUUUUUUCCUAUAAAACACUUUAUGCCCCAUUUUUAGGGUUUGCAGAUUUUAUUAAGAGAUUUUUGAAAAAUCCAGUGAGUUGCACGUUGUGUGCUGUCAUUAUAAAAGGGGCAAACUUUUAGAAAAAGACAUUUAAUGGUUUAUGUAACAAGAUGCAUCUUUAAAGAAUGGCCACAGUUAGGCACCUUUGACUUUGUUACUUUCCCAAACUUGGUUGGGACUAGAUUUAACAUUUUAAAACACAUGUAGGGCUCAAAUCAGUAGAUGAAUUGGAAGAGCAAGGGGAAAGGUGCUUAUCUCUUGCCAAAGUAUGUCCCAUUGUGUGUAUUAUAUUAGGGUUUUGUAGAAGAAAGUUAUUACUCCUGCAGCAUCCUAUUGCUACUGCCAGGAUUUAGGGCAAGGAUGAGAAUCAGAGUUGGGAUACUUGGAAUAACUAGGAAGUGGACUCCCUGUCACAAGGCAGUUCCUAAGGAAACACCUGCAUAGGCUUUUCAGAUCUGUAGGUAGGUCUGUGGGGCUUGGGUUUUGCAAGCGAGGGAUCUGAAAUUUUGUCACUUGAUCUUGCAUGAUAAAACUAUCAACUGGAGCAAUGCAGGAAGGGAUAAUGGUUUAAAGCAAUUCUAGAGAGUGAGACAACCCCUUGAGCAGCUUAGGAACAGGCUGGUCUUCACCUUCCUGCUGUGGCAAUGGUACUUGCCAGUGUGCCAAGUUCCUUAGGAUGUUGUGGGGAGGCACUAAUUGAAUGUGGUCUAGAGCACUGAUUGCAGAGUGGUUGAGCCUGGAAGGGACCUCGAGGUCAUCUGGUCCAAUAACACCUCUGCUCAAGCAGGGCCACCUGGAGCCAGUUACUCAGGACUACGUCCAGAUGGCUUUUGAGUAUCCCCAAGGAGGGAGACUCCACAACCUCCCUGGGCAGCCUGUGCCAGUGCUCAGUAAUGCUCGCAGUAAAAAAUCUUUCAGGAGGACUCUCCUGUGUUUUGGCGUGUGCUGGUUGCCUCUUUUCCUGUAACUGGGCAUCACGGAAAACAGCCUGGCUCCAUCCUCUUUGCACCCUCCUCUCAAGUAUUUGUAUACAUUGAUGAGAUGUCUCUUGCAGCUGCUGAGUUGACACAGUUUAUAGAUACUGUUCUCCAUAAUUUCCAGCUGCCCUGUAAGCAGGAUUGGGUUUUAGACCUGCAUUUUCAGAAAAGAGGAAGGGGAAGGUUGUAGCAUGAGUGAUGUUUACAUCGCAAACGUCACGGAUCCAUUUAAGAAAUACCCUUGGUUGAGAUGAUUCGUAAGCAAUUAAUUAAAAAAAAGAAUCUAUGUUUUUCUCCUGGACUUGCUAUCUACAGACUUACCUAAGAUUCUGUCACACAGUGUUCUAGGUCUUUCACUCCAGCAAUAAGUAAUCCUCUCAGACAGUUGCUUACUUUUGAUUUUUCUGGUAGUUCAUAGGACUUGUGUCAUUAACAUAGAGUGUAAUCUCUUUAUACUGGCUUAAGCACAAGAGAAUAUGAUUAAAGCCAGUAGGAGAAGCAAAUGACAGUGGUGCUGUUAUAGCUAGUACAGGCAGAUGUGAGGUGGUGAGGAUGGGAAGCCAUUAUUUUUCCCCAGAUAAGCUUUUGGGUUUUUUUGGCAAAUAAAAUUCAGUUUUAAUGUAAAGUAUUAAACAGUAUAUUAACAUUCUUUUAGUGUAUUUAGUAAAUAUGUCACCUCGGUAAUGAAUUUUAACCACCAUAGUCUGUAGUAAAUCCUUUUGGAGAUGUGAGGAAGUGUUUUUUGGUCCAUUAAUGUAACAAGUCUUACCACUACAAACUAAAGUACUGAGGAGCUGUGGUGGUGCAGACUUCCUGACGAUUGCUGUAGUGUUCCUUUAUUUGUUAAGGAAAAAAAAAUGUACAUGAACAUUUUUAUGAGAGACUCAUUAGAAUGAGCACAGCAGCAAGAAGAUGAGCUGUCAUUUAUUGUUCCAGCUUACAAAUUAAGUCUUUCUUCUACUGAUAUGUGCAAGCCUAAUCUGAGUAUCCCUGCUGGCAGAAUUGCACGACAUUCCACCCUCCUUAUCACAGCACUUCUCCCUCUUGUCUGAGUUGUCUAGAGAUUAACAAACCCUUAUGGUGGAUGGGGGGGGAGGUGGAUAAAGAAAAAUGCCUCAUUCAUAAAAACUUUUAGAGCUAAUUAAAAUUAAGCUGUAUCCUACUGACUGACACCAAAAGGAUAUAGUAUUUAGAAAAUCUAAAAGCAGAGUGAAAUCUUAAAGGAAAAAAUGCUUGUUCUGUAUCUCUAUGGCCAACCAGUGUCUGAAGUGGUAAUUACUCUGAUAUAUGAUUAUAGCUAUGUUGAAGUCUGGGGGGUUUAAUGGGCUUCUGCUAUCUGAGGAAACACUUUAAAUGAGAUACUUAUGGCUAUACUGGGUUGAAGAGGGCUGCUAAAAGCCCUGCUUACAAGCCUUACUACUACUUGGAAUGACUCUUACUGCAACACCUCUUAGUCAAGCUUUUCUUGCCUCUAGAGUAUGAUGCUAUCAGUAGAAUGAGUUGGUUUAGGGCUGCAGUGCAUUUCCCAUGCUCUGUUAUUUCUUUAUGACCUUGAACAAAACUUUGUACUCUUGAUACCUCUGCAGAUGCUUCUCGUGAAGGUGAUUGGGUGCACAUGGAGGACUAGGCAGUGGGUGUGCCCAGGAGUUUUGCUAUGCUCAUUCCUGCAACCUGAACUUCAGCAGUAUGAAAGAAGCCUGAUCUACAAAGGCUGUGUGGUAGCAUGGCUCACAGGAGAAAAAAAGGAGAUGGGGGAAGAAGGAGAUGACCCUCUUCACCUGCUGUCUUUUGCAGAGAGCAAUGUCUUUGAUAUCUUUCAUUGCCAGGCAGUUUAACCUUCAUCUGGCUGAUGAUUCUCCUCAACACAGCAGGGUUUACAGUAGAGCUCUCAUGGUCUGCUGCUGUGAUAGAUGGCACCAGUAGAUUUUUGUGCCUUUGUAGUUAGAUAACCCCUUGAUAAUGUGGACAGGAAGGAGGCAAGAAGUAUAUCUUGUCCUUGUUAGUAAUAAAUUUAAAAUCCCCACUUUGAGUCUGUUUUGCCCAUGAUGGUGAGCAGUAAGUGACCUCUCCCUUAUCUCAACUCAUGAAUCCUUCAUUGUAGUUUUCUCUCCUCUAUCCAGUUGCAGAGGUGGGGGAGAGAGUGGCUUUAGUGGGUACCUGGCAUUCAGCCAGGGUCAACCCACUACAGCUGGCUAAGCCAUCUCUGCUCAGCUGUUUCACCUGGUUAAACCAUGUUCUUGGUAACUGUUGCUGCUGUCACAUUUGGGAUUGAGUUGCGUAGUGUUCAUCACAAGCAGUUAAGAUGUAGGUAAAAUUAAAUGCUCUUGGAAAGGUAAAUAGGUAUUGCUGUGUGCCAAACAGCAAGGUAACCAGCUCUAAACACUUAAGAAACUUUCGUGGGGAAAGGUUUGUUCUUUCCUGUCCCUGUGUAUGAAGUUCAGCUGCCCUCUCAGGAGAAGGGGCAUUCCCGUGGCCACUGUGCUCCCCCACAGCCUCAGGAAUGGGACUGGGAUGUGGUGGGCUGGGGCUGCUGGAGCAGUGCAACUUGUGGUCGUGCAGCACUGCCCCUCCCCAGGGAGGAAGGGAGUGUGUGCCGGUGAGUUCAUCAUCUGCAAGAAAAAAAAGAAAACAAGUAGAGCUGUAUUUAUUCACUAGUGUUGAACAAGCUGCUUGUUAGAAGCAGCCUAUUUAACUGUUGCUCUAAGCAUUUUCUGUCAGCCGUGUGAUCACUUUGGUGUUUAGACUUGAUGGAGGCAAAACUGGUGUCUUGCAGAAGGCUCUGUACUAUCUUCUGGAGAAAGCUUUCAAAUGUAGCUGACCACUGUAAUGUAUUCUGAAGCCCUGAAAAAUAACUAUUUAGCAGAAAUCUUUAUUAAAAAAAACCAAAACACCAGAAUAAAUGAGCUUUCUUCCAGAAGAGAUCUCUUAGUAGAAUUUUAAAAAAAAGGAAAUUAACUCCUUUACAUGCUAAGAGAAAUGGUCUUUGACUGUGGUGUCAGUUCCUGAGAAAGCCAGCCCCCAAAAGCCAGGCCGUGUGUGUGGCUGCUAUCAAAUUUCUUUGCUUCAGUAAACUGAUGUCUUACUUUCUGUCUUCCUGUAAGAUUCCUGAAGUAGUGCUAUAUCCACACCUAGUAGUUGGAUUAAUAUAACUCCUGGGCUAUCCAACAUGGAUCUGGGUGGGUCUGAAGGGCUGGAACCAGUGGAGGUCUUUGGCUGGAACAGGUGACUAAGACCAAGUAGUUCUCACCAAGGGAUGAUGUCAAAUGGGAUUAUACAUCUGUAUGGGUGAUGUCAGAUGAGGUUGCAAAUCUACAAAGGCACUUGACUUUAAUGCCUGCUUGCUGAGUAAGUAACUCUUUUCUUUGAGCUCUACAGGACGGCUCUGGCUUCCCAUCUGACACUGAAAAUUCAAUCAUGUGCAAAAGAAACAUGCUCUGUCAGUGUAUCAGACUAGAGGUGGAUUGAUGGUGGUUUCUUUUGUUCUGUUAAAAAUAGCCUCUGCACACAGCUGUGCAUCUGGGAAGCUGGAGCAUCACUUUGAGGAAUACGUGUGGCAUUUUGUCUUUGCAAGAAUGAUGUAUCAUAAAUAAAACCUGAGCUGGACUUUAUUUCUCUACAUUGUUCCAGGUACUUGCUAAUACCUUCCAUAACUUCUAAUGAUUCUCUGGAUUGAAAAUGAUUACGGAACCUAUCAGAAGCUGUAAGAGGAAAAGGAAUCCAUACUGGAAGGCAAGAUCUGAAUCUUUCCAACUCCACAGCAGCUCUGAUCCAAAUCUUAACUUACUCGCCCCAGCCCAAUAAAUAGUUUGUUCUUUUCUGCACAAUGUACUAUUGUAAGGCUGCCCAGAACAUGAAGGUAUAACUUUUCACUUAAAAAAAAAAAAAAUACAAGCCUCCUCAGCAGCUGCAGUUAGCCAGUAUGUGUAUCCUCAAACUGAAAGGGAGCAUCUUCCAGCUGGAGGGUGGUGAAGGCACACGGUGUGAUUCUUGCGGAUGUCCUGUGCAGGGCUAAGAUUUGGACUUGGUGAUCCUUUUAGGUCCCUUCCAACUCAGAAUAUUUUGUGAUUCUGUGAAGAAGUGUUACUUCUGUAGAGCUUGCACUGGUGUCUGCUUCAAAGGUUUUAUUUUUAGCAAAAUUUUAUUGGCUUGAUGUGUAGGGAAAAUAGAGACAGCAUAUUAGCAAAAUAAUUCCUAUACCAGUGCAACCUGUCAUUCCACAAAAAGGCCUUCUAAUUAAAGCUCCAGUGCUUUCUUUUCAAGAUAUACAGCUGUGUUUCUUUCCCUUAUGAGCCAUCAAGAGUGAAACAGCCAUCUACAAUCUUUAAAUUAUUAUUCUGAAACAAAAAGAUUUCAGAGAAGGUAUAUGAGCCUAGUCUGUAUCCGUGGAAGGUAUGGCUACCCCAAGUUGUUGUGCAUGUAGUGGACCCCACCAAGUAAUGGCUUUCUGCCUCUGCUGUUCUUGUUGCAUAGCAAUUCCACAGUCCUCUUCCAGCAAUUGUUAAUUCCUUUCUCGUUUUUUCAUGACCAAUUUAGGCCAAUUUGUUUUCUUGCAAGCAUCAACCUUUACCAAUAUAUUAAGAGGGGAAAUAAUGCCUAAAACUAGACAGCAGUCAAAUUUCCCCCUUUGCUCUCAUUUAGACGAGUGAAGUCCUUUUAGUCUCCUGUCAUACUGUGGGUUAGCUAUACCUGUGACCAUCUGGGUUUUAUGACACUGUUUUCUUGAUCCCAAAAUUUAUGGCCAGAAGAAGUAGGUUUUGCAUCUGUCAGAAGUAGCACUGAAGAACCUUUAAGCUGGCCCUUAGGACAUUACUCCUGUUUGUGAGGCAGGUUGCUUAGACUUGUUCUGUUGCUCUCUACUCUUUCCUUUAGAUAGGCCCCCAGCUUCAUUAGAUUAGUACAGACAUAAAGAAAAUGUUAACAGAACAACUGUUACUAAAAAUUACUGUGUCCAGACACCGGUAGUUACAAAAUUCACCUUGCUGCUAUCUACUGCCCUAGCAUUGCUGCUUCUACCUGUGUUUAACUCUUGGUCACUUGACAAAAGCAAGUUGCACUUUCCCUCCCUCAGACUGCUGACUUUAAAGAAUUUGCUGUAACUACUCAGUCCCUUGCUGAGUAGUGAGCCCCUUCCCUUUUCACUCAGAGGAAAUUUAUCUCAGUUUUUUGAUGUUCAAAUCUAGAAACCUCUUUAUUAGUCUGUGUAAAGUAAAAACAAGUAAAGAAGCAAAGGAUGAAAAUCUGCUUUUCCUCACUGUAGGUCACUGCUGUCAGAUCUUUGCAUCACUGGUGCAGUACAAGGGCAGGGGCGCUGGAUCAUCCUUACAUGGGAACUCUGGCUUUUCACUGCACUCUUGUAAAGUGAUGCCAUUGAGCCCAGAAUCCUUUUUACUCUUUGCACAACAUAAUUCCAGGGAAACUUUUCCCUCUCCUGUUUAUGAGUAGUAUUUCCUUCUUGGUGCAGUGUGUGGAAUGGUGUCUACAGCAUUAAUGCUUCUCUUCUGCAAUGCAGUGUUUUAUUCAAGAGUUGGAACUGAGGUGGGACAGAGGCAGUAUCUGCUGCUCUCCCCUCUUUUCCACCCUCUGCCUUAGUGUCACUCAGAGAUGGGCUUUGCUGCUGCUCGGGACAUGUCCUGUCUGGGACCAAAAAGUCAGUCAAAGCCAGGGUGAGAGAAAGUAACAAAGCACUGAGUUUGCUGACUCUUUCAUCUAGUGAUCAAUAGUGACUUUUAUCAGGGACCUGCAUCUCUUAAUUUCUCUGAUACCAAAUGCAGUCUGUGAGCUUGAGGCAGGCUGUCUGCAUUUCCUCUAUUUAGGAUGCCUUGCAAGUGCCUCUGACCAUAUAAAGUUAAGUGAACCUGUGUCUGGUGAUGUGAUCUAGCCUACAGCAUGUCCCAAGUUCCUGAUCCCUGGGGAUGAGAAAGGACCAUAUGUCUGCACUGUGUCACUUCUGAAUAACUGCAUUGGGAAGGGCUGACAUCCAGCAAUUACAGCUUCAAAAUCGAUACAUGGAGGAUGGCACAGGUUAAAACAGGAGCAGAUGCCUCAGCAUCUAUAACAUACAUGCCACGCAGCAUGUAUGUGUCUGUAUUGGUUUUAUAAUGCACCAAAAACCCAGAUGCUUUAGCAGGCACGAUUCUUCCACAAAUUCUAAUCCUGGAGGGGAGGCAGGACACAGGAAGGAACAAUAUGAUGCUAAUGUGCUUUCCUGUGGGCAUUACAAAAUACAGGGGUUCUUUUGCAGGACUUUGUAUCUAUGCAAGGAGGAAGGGUUUCAAGGGAGGAACAAGGACUAGGGAUCCAGAUUAAAAAGCUUAUUGUGGGAGUGCUAAACAGGAGAUGAAAGUAGACUCACCCGAACUGUGGGACAUAUUUCUCUAUGUCUGUGUUGUGGCCAAGAAGGAGCUGGUACCUAAGAUGCAGAGCAGAGACUGUGCUUGCCACAUCUCCAAGAUGCAGCAAGGCAUGGAGGCACGCAGAAUUUUGUGUUCUAACUUUGAUCAGCAAUGGCCCUUUAAGGCUGAGCAAGGCAUGCAGCAUGGACACUGCCCAGUCCAAACCCAGCAGCCACGUGAACUCUCCCCAGGACAAAUGAGAAGAACCUGUCUCCAAGUGCAAGAUUUUGGGAAUAUGUGUCAGAGAUGCCUGAAAGUAAAACAUCCAUCUUGCCCUAAUUUCUGCAUGAAGUGCUGCAAUGUCAAGUGAAAUAACCUUCCAAGCUGGCUCUGAUGCAGAGGUAUUUUGGCUUAUGUUAUUGCUGAGAGCUUUCUCUCUGAUGAGCUCUUUCUGCCUCUCUCUGUUUCUGAUGUCUGACUCUCUUCACUCAUUUUUUCCCUUGGGCUGGGAUGUGUGCUGUUUGUAAUGCAUCAAGAAGUAAUACGCGAUGAGGAAACUCUCAUCAUCUGUGCAUCAGGGAGAGAAUUACUGACUGAGUGCUGAGCAGUCAAGUUAUUGAUUCAAACCAAAGCCCAGUCUCUCUGUCUGCUGGGCUGGUUACGUCCUUCUGGUUCAUUGCAUUUAAUCGGAUUCCCUGAGCUGCCACACAGAAGGGGAGAGUUAGAAGCAGAUUCAUCUAUAAUGUUCUCUUCAAAAUCCAGUUCGGUAUCCCCUUCUCCGUCCAUGGAACAGGCAGAUUCAGAUGCUCUGGACAUCAGCACCAAAGUGCAGCUGUAUGGCGUGCUCUGGAAGAGACCCUUUGGGAGGCAGUCAGCCAAAUGGUCCAGGAGGUUCUUCAUAAUUAAGGAAAGUUUUCUGCUUUACUAUGCUGAGAGUGAGAAGAAGAGUUUUGAAAGCAAUAAAUACUUCAAUAUCCACCCCAAGGGUGUCAUACCCCUGGGAGGCUGCAUCGUGGAGCCCAAAGAAGAGGCCAACAUGCCUUAUGCCAUAAAAAUCUCUCAUGAAGACUUCCAUGGUAACAUUGUUCUAGCAGCUGAAUCAGAGUUUGAGCAGGCUCAGUGGCUGGAGAUGCUACAGGAGUCUGGAAAAGUGACAUGGAAGAAUGCCCAGCUGGGAGAAGCUAUGAUUGAGAGCCUGGAAGCCCAAGGACUGCAGCUGGCCAAGGAGAAACAGGAGUAUUUAGAUAAGCUAAUGGAGGAAACAGAAGAGCUAUGUCUGCAAAGGGAGCAAAAAGAGGAACUCGAGCGCCUGAACCAGAUGCUGGAAGCAGAGAAGCAGCAGUUUGAAGAGGUGGUGCGGGAGCUGCGGCUGGAGCAGGAGGAGAUCAGACGGGAGCUAGAGCUCACAGCCCGCUCCCUUAAAGGAGUGGAGGAAGAAAAGAAAGAGUUGCGAAGCCUGACGCAGUCCUUACAAAACACCCUGGAGGAGCUCUCCCUGGAAAAGCAGCAAAUGCUGGAGAUGCUGGAAGAAAAUGAGAGCCAGGUCCCACCUCCAACCAGCCCCAGCAAAGAGCAAAGCCCCAUCUGGGGACUGCACUGCAGCCUGCGACAGAUUGAAGAGAAGAUGCAGCAACUUCUGCACGAGAAACUCCUGGCAGAGAAGAGGAUGAAGGAGAAUGAGGAGCGGUCCCGAGCACUGGAGGAGGAGCGAGAGUUUUACUCUUCCCAGUCACAAGCACUGCAGAACUCACUGUCGGAGCUGACUGCAGAGAAACAGCAGGCAGAGAGAGAUCUCAAGGCUGAGGUGAAGGUACGCAUGGAUCUGGAGAAGAGACUGAGAGAAGCUGAGGAAGCAUUGCAGAGCUUGGAGCAAGGCUUAAAUUCUCUGCAUUGCAACAAGGAGAAAGAGGAAAAGAUGAAAGCAGAUGUCAGUAACUUGAGAAAGUUCUUUGAAGAGUGCAUCCGCAAUGCCGAGCUGGAGGCCAAGAUGCCUGUGAUCAUGAAGAACUCCGUAUACAUCCACAAGGCUGCCACUCGUCGCAUAAAGAGCUGCCGCUUCCGCUGCCGGAGAACCAGUACUUCAUGGAAUGACAUGAAGCAGUCCCAGUCCUUCAUCUUCUCGCAUGCUGAAGCUGAAAACAUUGAAGAGCUGAAAGAAGCAGCCAAAAGACUGAGCCGGGACCAGCGCUUCAGGAAAACUAUCUAUCAAAUCAUGAGGUCGCACAAGGAUUCUGCUUCAGGGGACAAAAAGUGACUCUUCUUGGGAGGGGGCUUCUGAGCUCAACUUGCCAUUCAGCUCCGCAAAAGUUAUGCCCUUGGGCACUAGGGUCAGAAGGGAGAUUUGCCCUUUGGUGGGGAAAGUGGGGUAAAGUUGUGUGUAGGCAAUCCCCUCAGUUAGUGGCUUUGCUUUCAUUUGAAUGCUCCUUGUAGCCUGGCAGGCCUUCUCUACUGAUCACUCCAGAUCUGUUUGCUUCAGCUGCUUACAUUAAGGCGUGUUUUGCCAAGAUGCCACAGUCAGUGUUAAACCACAGACCAUAGGUUAAGAAAGGCCUCUUCUUUCCUUUCCUAUCUAGUCUGUCUGCCAAACACAAGUGCUUCUGAGAAAGCCCUUUAUCAGCCUAUGUUCCAGCUAGUGUAACCUCCCCAGCAGGACACAGCUUACCCCUUUCUGCCUGAUCCUCUCUAGGAAAGGGCUUGCUCCGUACCCCCAGUCAAUCAGCACUUCUGUGGGACACAGGCUGAAAACUGCAGCAGUCCCAGCAUCCCAAGCACAGGCAAAAAUAUCAAACACAGGGCAACUUCUUGUCUUGAUGCUACAUCAUUUCAAGCAAACAGCAGCAACACAAGGUGAAGACAACCUGAGGAUGCUGAGGAUUUGGCUCCAAGGAGGAUCAUGUACAGAGAAGAGCUUAUAGGUAACUCAGUGGCAUGGAUGCAAGCUGUAGGGAGGGUUGUGUUGUGUUGACUGUGGGCAGAACAUUCUGGGGUCACCUUUGCGUAUUUUUUGCACUGGGACAUCUAGCUGUGUUGGAACAGAUAUGUGCUGCAAAUGUUAUCUAUAGGCAGCAUCAGUGUAGAGAAGCCCUUGACUCAGUCCUGAUAGUUUCAUCAACACCUCUGUAAAACAAGUUGGAGGGCAGGAAAGUGAGGACUGUCCAGCAACAAAUCCCACUACCACUUCAAGAAUUAAACAUUGUCAGCAGCAAGCUCCUACAGGGCUGUGGAGGUGGGGAAAGUCACCAGAGGAGAAGGGUUGAUGCUGGGUGGAGGAGCAUACUCUGAGGGUGUGAUGCUCCUGAAUGGAGUCACUCUGGUGUGACCAGAGGAAAAGCAUUGAAAACACAGCCUGUACUUUCCAUGUCAGUCAGUCACUGACCAGUAUCCUUCUGCCAGGCAAUGGGAGGUUUUAAAGAAUCAGAAGAUCCAGCACUGAAGGCUGACAUUUUUGUGAUGAUUGAUAAGUGAUGUGGUAGGAGAAGAGAAUUUCCAACCUUCCUUAGCAUACCUGAUCCUUCUGUGUUGUUUCCACUUGUGCUUGCAUGCUAGAAAGCCACAAAUGAAUUCUGGCUCCUACAAGGCUGAAGGGCUGUGAGAAAACAAUACAGAGCUGGUUUUCCCCUUUAUGCUGUUCUCACAUCAUCUCUAGCUAUUUUCCAGUUACAAUAUCUAUAUUAUAUGAUGCUGGUAGGGACAGAAUAAAGGACAGCUAGGGAAUGUAUCUGUAAUUCAGGCAGUUAGGAAAAUCAUCUUGUGGGUUGGAAUGCAGGGCCUUUGUUCUAUUACCAUCAAAGCCACAAUAUCAGACCUUACAGAAGUAUUGUAUGCAGGAGGUAGCCACAUCAGGUCUUCCUUAACUGUGCAUAUUGACAGCAAUAAAUAAAUAAAAGUUAUGCUGACACUAGAACGAAUUCCUGUGUGUUCUUGAUACACUGUCACUGAAAUGAUGUUAAAUUGUCUCUGCAGGAGUUCAAAUAAAUUCUGACACACUUAUUUACUGCCAGUGCAAUUCCUCUGCUUCACUGAGUUUUUGUGUUACGUGGUGCAUGUGAAAAGCUUUCACCUUUGCUACCCACUUCCACUUUUAAAUGUGUAGAAAGUUAAAGCACCAGCCAUCUCUCUGUGUAACCAGCAAGGCAUGCCCUAAGCCACCUGUGAUGAGGUGCUUGCCAUCAGUCAUUCUUUGCUGCACAGGAAUCUACUACCCUGUAAGCUCCAAGCUCCCUGGCAGAGUCAACAUGGAGGUGGGUCUAUGCACCAUAGCAUCUUAAUUAAGUGGCUCUCUCCUUAUUCUGGUUAAAAGGACACAGAAAUUAUUGAUUUCAAUGUUAUCUGUGUAUUUUUAAUGCAAUGCAGUAACAGGAGGAUGGCUUAGGGAGCAACCCACGUCUGUUCAAACAACUUCCACUAGUAAUUCUAGGUUAGAUUGCUUUCUCCUCCUGGGAAACCUGGGAAUGUGAUGAGAACUCCCUCCACUGAGAGAGUUGUCUAAAUUGUUUUCUUGUGUCUGAGGACAGGAGAAAAUAUAGGAUGGUUUGCACCUCUAAGAUUUCACUUUUGAAGUUGCAGAACAGCUAGAUUGUGGCCAUUCUUCCACCACCUCCACCUUCUGGCUAACACCUGGGAAAUUCUCUUCUGUCUUCCCUGUUGUCCCUUUCAGAGACACUUUAAAAUUUGUGGACACUGCCAAACGUGAAGCCUUCUGAUUCUUCUCUGCAUUGUCUUGCCUACUUUUCACAGUGUGAAGAGUGGUUCCCAUUAAGGUUUAACUAACCAAUUUAAGGGUUAAUUUCAUCCUCCUUGUAAGACACACAGGCUCUUUCAGUCUCUAAUGAGAUAGAGGGAUUCCUGCCCAAGGCUGGGGCUUUGGCAGCUCCCCUGGUGCCCACUGCCCCAAGGCUUUACUCUUGCACAGAAGUAAAUGGCAGAGAAAGGAAGGCAACCACAGCCCUAUUGCCCCCCCAUCUGUGCUGCUUCUAAAGCAGAGAAAGUGGAUAAGAAACGGAAAUUGCCCUCGGGGUCAGAAGUCAAUAGUAAAUGGUUGCUGGUGCUGUUAUGCAUUGUUGUGCAUGGCACAUAAGUGACACAGGCUGGUAGCAGUUUUCAGCUACAGAGCAUGGCUUUUUUUUUUUUUUUUUUUUUAGCUCCAGAUAGUAGGCAGGCUUUCUGCUUAGGACUUAGUGUAAUAUUGGCAUAUCUCUAUGGAAAUAAGAUGAUAGUUUUCUGUAGAAACAGUCUGUUUUGAAUGCUGUUCAGCACAAUGGCUCAUGCUGUGUUUAGUAAGGAGAAGUUUGCUCCCAGGAAAGUGGUCAUGCUUUGAAAGUCUUGACCAAAGCUGAGGCUUGCCUGGAUGAUUAGUACUCUUGGUUCUCCCCUGGUGUGCCUGUGAAGGGUGUAUUAUUUGUAACAUCUUCUAUCUGGUGCACUUGGCACAAGAACAAUUCUGCAGUUUUUCACCUAGUCUUUGUACAAUUUUUUACCCACCUAGUCUGAGCAUGGCCUUGAAUGGGAGAAAUGAUCAAGCCAGAGGAACUGCUGUAGCUAACUCACCUGAGAAUUGGGUCUGAGGUGGACUGUUGGGGUGACAGGUCACCAUGAGCUUGGCUACAACGUGUGGUUUGUUAAACAACCUGCAGUGUCUCUUUGUGCCCUGAGAUAACAUUCCUUUUACCAUAUUAAGUAACAUUUCUUUCUUACCGCAGGCUUAGCUCCGUAGCCAAAAUGCAGAAAGAUCUGACUGAGUACUCAGUCAGGUCACUGAGUCCUUUCUGCUCCUUGCAGGAUACGCUGUAGGGCUUGAACCAAAAUGCAUGGUUUUGGUUGUUUGGGUUUUUUUCCCAGUGUUGGCAGAUCUGGCGCUUUACAGGAAGAAAAAUUAUAAAGGCCAUUUUGUGGGGGUAACAAAGGCACCUUUUUCUAACUCAGAGGUGUUGCAAAUAAACUCAGCAGGAUCAUGUGUCCUUAUUUUGCUGUAUCCUGAAAAGCGCAAACUUUGCAUUGCUUAAAAUAAUAAGUGAAUUCUGCUUACUCUUCAGUUCUUCUUGACUGCACCCCUGCCUCAAACCUCCCUGUGGAAACCACCCAAGAAGAGAGGAACGUCUUCUCCUAGAGCUGCUGCUCCCAUCUGUUUCUUCAUCAUUAAUUUUGGGGGCAGGAGGGAGCUCCUGUUUUCCUGUUCCUCCAUACAUCAGUGCCUGCCUGCAGGAGAUGCAGCCCCUGCUCCUUUGACAUGAGGAAAAAUAGGUUGUUUUUUGUUGUGGGUUUUUUUCCUAAGUUCUUCAAAACAGAAAUAAAUAUUUUUAGCAUCUCCCUCUUAAUAAGGAGGCUUGAAAACAAGCUGUUUAUGGUGGGUGUAUGGCUGGAGGCUUUUGUUAGUCACUGCUGGAAGCACAGCCAUGAACAGGGCUAUAGCACAUUUGGCAGAGCUCUGUCUUUGGGACAGUUCACAAGCACUCAAAGUCCUUGAGUGACACAGGUAAGCUGUGCUCUUAGGUGCACUCAUCUCAGCAGCAAUCAAAACAAAACACCAAGAAGGUGGGAAUGCUGUGGCUUUUGUAGCAAAGUAGAGAAGCAGGCUUAAUGCAAAGAUUGCCAAAGAUUGAUUAGAUUACAACUUGCUUGGGAGGAGCCACUGCUUUAAUUUCUCCCUUCUUUUCCUGACUCUGACAGAGGUACAACAUGUGUGCUUGCUGAGGGUGAGGGGAAGGUGAGGCGGCUUCAAGAGGAACGAUAUUGAAAGGUAGGAGUGCAGCAGGUGUGACUAAAAACUAGAGCGCUGCUGAUAGUGAGUUUGUGUGUUUAAAAAAUAAACAAAGUUUGUUCUGUGGCAAGUGCAUUUCAAUAACCAAAAUAUAGCUGUUCUAUUUUUCAGUAAUCAAAACCUACUUUGGGUCCCAACUGAGGAGUGUAGCCCUAGGUGCUCAGAGAAAAGGGGUAUGUGGCUAAGGCCCUUUUUUCCUCUCCCCAGCUUGCAUGGGGCAUGGCCCAGCCAGGUGAUGCAGGGAUGUGGCUUACUGUUGUUAUUCUUUGUGGGUAGCUGUGUGUAUGGAGAGGUGGCUUAGGCAGGGGAGAAGUCAGUCUUUUGAUUCUGGAAAGCUUUUGGGUAUCUCAGCAUUGCCUGGAAGAGGUUGGAUAUUGCUGUAGCUCUCAACGGAUUUGGAUGUUCAGAAACUCCUCUAGCCUGGAGCAGAAGCCUUCUAGAUCCCUCUCUGAUCAAGUACGUAGUACGCCAGAGAGAUGCUGCAACCCAUGAGGGGAUACAGGGAAUAGCAGUAAAAGCAGACGCUCAGUUUUCUUUCUGCUUCUGCUCCUUCUCUUAAAAUUCUCUUGUAGUUUCCUCCCUUUCACAAAUACCGGCCAGGUGUGGUCUGAUGUGCAACUUAUUUUAGAUUAAGAGAAAGAAUGUGCAGGCAGAGCUGUCUUUUAUUCCUGGUAUAGGGGGAAUGUGGGCUCCAAAAUGAGGACAGAAAAUUCUCAUCCAUUCAAAGGUACUACAGAUGGGUAAAAUAAGUGUGCUUAUCACAUGUAUCAAGCUUGGAUGAGGGGGAGUAGUGAGACCCACUGUACUUGAAGCUUGGAGCCAGACUGCAGAAAGGGAAAAUUAGUUUGUUUGGAGAUGUUUUAGCCCCUUGCUUUGACUGAUGCUGAAGGAGCUAGAAGAGAAGGUGCACACUAAGUCCACUUCUAGUGUGUGGCUGGCUCCUGGUGCUGGCAUGGAAUUAGAUUUGAUGGCUGCUCACUAUACAGAAAAUCUCUCCAGCUGUGACCAACUGCUGCUGCAUUACAGCCUUGUUCAAAAGCAGUCAUGGUGGUUGUGGCUCCAGGGAGCACUCUCAGACCUGUAUGUCCCAAAAGAUGUGCAUGACACCCCUCUCAACUAAACUCACAGUGACUCAACAUCAUGGGACUCUUUGGCUUCCCCUUGCAAGUGGGUAUGAGCUCAGUUUGCAGCUCUGUGCUGCAACCCAGGAGCAGAGAGCCCUGUGGCCACUGAUAGAGCUGCUUCUGCAUCUCAGCCUCCCAAUGCCUCUGACCUGUUGGAUUCCAGCACAAUAGGGCAGACCCUGACACUGAGCUUUUAGCAGCAGAAUGGAAGGAGGGUGUUUAACAAGGCAGCCUUACGAAAGGUCACUGGGAGCAGGCGUGGGAGCUAUCCCAUUCUUUUCCCAAAGAGAGAAGAGCAUCUCCUGAUUCCCUACUUCUAUUGUGCUCUGCUAUAAGCAUCUAGGUUGGCUCCUAAGUGCAGUGCAGGGAGGAUCUAGAGGCUGGAUGUCAAGGGAGCUGCGCCUUAGCUCUGCUUCAUUCCCAGUGCAAGAGAGAAAGGCAACAGAGAACAGUUGCUUUCCAGGUGAAUGGGAAAGAAAGAGCAGACCUAGUAGGGAAGAAAAGAAUAACUAUUGUGGAUAGCACCUUGUCAAGGAAUGAAGUGUCUUGAUUAUCUUCUUUUUCUUGUCCAGACAGGAGUUUGCAGGCCUGAAAUAUGCUUCUGGGCCUUGGUUCUGGUGCAUUCCCCAUACCAGGAGUUUCAGUCCUGUCUGUACUUAAGAAGGGUCACAAAAUUAGCAAACAAAAACUGCUUUACACAGCGAAUGUACUCUCCUCCCUGCUUAUCCAACUCUCCUUAGCUUUGAGCAGGAUUGUAAGGGGCAAGCUGGCUUCUCCUUGCCUUCCCCUCCAGCCUGCUCCCUCGGCUUUCUGUUUGUUCUUUGCCUAACUGUGGCUAACUGUAUCUCCCUGAGGUGGAAAUUAGCAUCACCCCGGUGGGCUUUGUGGCACCGAGGAGCCACAGGAGGACAGUUCUGCCCUAGACAGAGGGGAAGCCCACCCUGCCAUGGUGGAGCUGGCAGGGCUGCUCUCCUUGAAGAGAGCAAAGGAGGUGAGACAUGGCCUCAGAGUUGCUCAUGGUUUUGUCGUAACACUGGUUUCCUGUCCAGAAAUAUUAUUCGUCCUACUCCAAAGUCUUUCAGACUUGAGCGUUUCAUGCAGAAAAUGCACAGUGAUGGGCAGUGAACACCCCAGGCUCUUAACCAGGCACUUUCCUUCCCUGCUUCACAGCCCACCUCACACAUGGUUUUGGGCCAAGCCCUUGAGUGCAGAGCUGGGCAAGGGGUUGCCUGGUGUCCCCUCACCUCGGACCUGCAGUGUAGGUCCUUUCGGGGUCUGUGGGCCAGGUCCUGUCCCAGGGUGUUUCACAGGGGCGAGAGGCAGGCUGAGGAACCAGUGCGUCCACCAAACCAGUCUGAGCUUUCACUGGGAGGCUCAGGGGGCCUGUAUUUAGUGAGUUGCUGGCAUCACGUGUCCCUUGCAGGCUGCUAAUGAGCAGUGAAUCCAACUCACCCCUCCACACUAUACAUUUACAUACAUAUGUGCACAUGAGUGCAUACAGAGAUACACACACACAUACAUUAAAGAUGCAUAUGAAAUGUGUAUCUCAAACAUAUGUCAUCUAUCUAAAGAAAUAUUUCAUAAUGAGGCUUUUCUUUUUAUUUUUCUUGUUUUCCCUCAAAAUAAUUUGCCCCAAAAUAAUUUGUCCAAAAGUAAUUUCUGAUUUUUCCUUUUAGGCGGAGAGAAGACUGGAAAGUUUUACCUUCAGAUGAAGCUUGGUGUGCUUUGUAAUUAAAGGUGACCCUGAAGGCUGUCUCUCUACUGUAGCUGCCAUUGCCAGACUUACAGAGAAAGCCAUGUGUGGGCAAACAGCCCUGCUGAAGAACAGUGGAAUUUGCAAAGCAGGCUCUGGGUUAAUCUUGUGCUUUGAGGUGGGAGCUGCUUCUCUCGCAUCCCACACCAAUGCUGCCGGAAGCAUCUCUUGCUGGAAAGACGGAGGAGAGCAGCGCCUCUGGCUACAGCAUAGCCCUUGCUGUCCCCAGGUGCAGCUUACUAUGCUUUACUUUAAUAAGGAAGGACAUGGCAUUCACCAAAGGACUUGCAGGAUGGCCCAGGACAAGGAUACAGAGGAAGAGAAGGACACCAAAAAGGCCUGAAGAGUUCUUGGGAUAAAGCUGAGGAGCUGCAGACUGUACUUGGUUUUGCCUGGUGAUGCUGUGCCAAGGAGAUGGCAGACAGGAGGAAGAGAUUUGCUGUUUGCUUCUGCUCUCAUCUGAGAGUGACACGCAGCAGGGAGCAUGAGAGAGGGGUCAGGAUUCAGAGUUGGCCCCUUGUUUUGUUAUCCAUACACCCAUGCUUAUGGAGUGUAAAAGAGCUAUAUGGGGGCUUUGCACUCAGCCUGCAUUGGUGUCUAUCAUGGCCUGAGGAGAAAGGCAGAGAGGUGUUAAACCUGCCUACUUCCUGAAUUCAGGAGAACUGAAAGACAAAUAUCCCACUCUUGGAGGCAGACCGAACAUACAUGGACAGAGUCACAUCACUCACCCACAUUAAGUCCAGCGAGGCGUUGCCCAGGGCUGAGUUGCCCCUGCUGUUUGAACAGUUUGACAACAACCUGAGCUACCAACUCUGCCUUAACUGCAGCCACAGCCCCUUAUGAAUAAUUCUGCUUAAUUACGGGUGAAUGUCUGAAGCUGAAGCUACUUUAUAAUGAUACGAUUACAUUUAUAUUCCUCAAAUUAUACCAGACUUUGGAGGGGAUAAACUCUAUUAUUCUUCUGCAGCAUGAGCUGGGAUUCUGAAUUAUUUAGGCAUCAGAGAGCAUCUGUCCAGAACCCCAGAGGCCAUAUCAGUUCCAGUGCAGUUCAGACCCCAUCAUCUGAAUUCCACAUCCACAAAACCUCCCCAGGACUGGAAACUGUUCUACCUGAAGAAUGAGAAACUGCAACUGGAGACACUGCCAAAUAGAUUUUUCUUUUCCAUUGGGCUGAUAUCUGGGAAUAAAGCCAGCUGGAAGACUGCUGGAAGAAAAUCUUGCUAACUCUGAUCAUAUUUGCAAUCAGUUUUUAUGCCAGAUGUUGCCUCAGAAAAUAUGAAAGUCAGCAGACAGUAGUUUUAAUAUGCAGCUUUGCAACUUGAAGAGGGCAGAGUUUUAUACAAAGGAAAGAAAAUGAAGUUUUGCUGCUUUCUUGAGGUGUACAGAGUCACUCUAUGUAGCCAAACAAAAUCAUGUGGAAAGAACAGAUGGGAAUCCAAGAAGUUAACAAAUGCCCUGUAACAAAAACCUACUGUGUAAUAGACAGACUUCUACAGAUACUUUAAUUUUGAAGAAUAAAUUAAGAGAUGCCUGACUUUCUUAAUUUAAUUUUCAGAAUUGACAGAGGAGAAGCUGCGAGUAAAUCAAGCUACUUUUUGGGAAAUCCUGGAACAUGAAGUUGUCAUUGGAGAGAAAGAAGGGUUGAGUACAAGGGGUGUUAGACAGGGACAGUUUGAGUUCUUUGCUCUGUCACUUUGUUACUAAGUAAAUUAUAUGAGUGGA